AUGGAUUUACUUGGGCGCAGACAACCGAGCUUAUGGAGAAUCAGCUUGACCCAAGUCGCGAAUGCCACCACAGCUGAAGUUGUGGGACCAAGCACGCGCGUGGUGCAGAACGGAAGGAGAGGCGGCGCGGUUGGUGAAAAGAGUGAUGCGGGCUGGUUCUACGAACUGCAACUGAACCCCACUUUCCGCAAUGCUUCCGCCCGCGACGUACGGGCAAGCAAUACGAUGGAUGCACCAUGUAAAACCUGCGCUGGUGUGACUCAAUCGGAUCUGUGUGGCAUUUUGCUGUGUACUCUUCUCACCCGCGGACUCUAUUCGCCCUUGGGUGCCGCUGGUCGGCGCAGUCUCCAUGAUCCCGUCCCUGUGCUUCGUAUUGCUCCUAACUUAUCGCUUGAAGUUUUCGCCCUUUUACAACGAAAUUACGAGUGCUGGCUCAUCUCGAUCCUCAGUGCCAUCAACUGGAUUGGCUUAGGUCGCAUCUUUGAGGAUUCUCGAGCUGCUGUGUGCGUUGUCCUCUGGCUGAGCUCACAGAUCGUCGUAUCCGUCGAUGCGAAUUAUCGCACGGACCCGUCGACGGUCAGAUCUACGAUACUGUUGGGGCCGUUAUUGAUAAUGGUCGUGGCAUGCUGCGCGUACAGGUUAAUCCCGGAUUCCAGCUCUCCUAAGCUGCCCAUCGGCAUCUUGACUAUGGAGUCGCGGCAGACCGUCAUUUUCACGUCGUCAACGCUCGUCAUCUUCUUGGUCAAAAAGGCGUAUUUGCGAGUAUAUCGGCAACGAGUUCAAGCUCGCAACCAGGUGGAUCUGGAGUCUAGUGGUGACCGGCAUGUCAUAUCAUGCGUCGUUCUGCACGCCCGGAUGCACCUGGUUCCGGUCAUCUCGAAGCAGCGACUGAGACUCGGUACUGUUGUCCGGAACCAAGCCGCCACAGCGUCAUGCGCUCAGCAACUUCGAUUAGCCCACCACGGCUCCAUUAUCCUGGACGUUUGUCGGAAAAGCAGCUCGAACUUUUCGUAUCGCCUCGGACUCAGGUUUUGCUGCACUUGA